UCUACCCGGCAUCAGUCUGCAAAUUGAACGCAAACAAGAAAGUGAGUCUAUCGUUAGUGCCGUGUGAAGUCCUUACUUAAAAUUGAAAUUUUGGUCAUCGAUAAACGUUGUGAUAAACCAAGUGAAUCUACAAAAUAAAAUAAAGCACCAUGAUUGUUGUACCAAUGCUGUCCAGUGAUUUAUGGGACGAAUGUCCCUAUGAGUACACACGUGGAGAUCAUUUUCCUAGUGGAUUCAUGAUAACGUUGAACAGCAAACCCAAGUCGUGUAAUCGAAAAUCGGAUUGCCUCAAUCCAAAGCAAUUGAUCGACCAUGUAGAGAGUCCAGUAAAAGAACUAUCACCUGAACAUUUCGAACUCAGAUUGAAUGUUCAAAUGUUCAAACCAGAAGAGAUUUCAGUGAAGGCGACUAAUCAGUCCAUCAUUGUUGAAGCCAAGCAUGAGGAGGAUAAUGGAAACAGUUACGAAUGUGAAGAAUUCAUUCGACGGAUACGACUACCACCUGGAUACGACAGCGAACAAAUUGUAUCAUCGAUGUCGUCCGAUGGAGUAUUAACGAUCAGCGCACCCAAGUUGGCGCUACCUGAGCCUGUAAAAGAACGCACGAUAGCAAUAAAGUACGAAAAUAUGACAAAUGCAGAGCAAAAACAAGAUGAAUCGAAGACUGACCAGAGUUUUACGUUGGAAGAUCUCGACGAAUAGAGAACAUUGCAUUCAUAGUGUUAAGUUUUUUAGUGUUAUUUUUAAUUAUUAAUGGAUUUUAUUUAAUUUCAAGACUACUUGUUAAUAAAAAAACCUUUUCCACAAAAUA